ACAGGCUGGAUGUGAAUCACAUGAUCAGACAGGGCUGCUGCUGCUGCCUCUGCAGCUGGUGCUGUCGAGCUGUCAAAAAAGAAGCGCAACUGUAAGCUACACAGUGUAUUUGUUGGAUUAAUAUGUAAGUGUAAACGGACUAACACGUCAAGAACUCGGCUGGUAUACGUGUCUGUGCAGUAGGGAGUUAUUAUACCCGUGUUUGUGAACAUAUAAGAGUGAAGAAACGAUGGCUGAACAGGCGAAACCUGCUGCUAGUCCUCGCUAGCUAACCUUUAGUUAAACGGUGGCUAACGCUGCCCAAACAAUAAACAAGAUAACUACAGCUAUUACACAUACAACCGGAAAAUAAUACAAUUUAAGUCAAGUUGUGCUUGUUUUGAGUUAGAAAAGUUCACAUUUGUUGUCUUACUGUUCGUGUUAUGCUAACUGGGCGGGUUUAAGAAGAGUGCACAGUUGAAUCUUUUAACUCUGUGUUAUAUAUUUUGAAGUUAGUUACCUAAUACGAUUGUAUAAGUCUGUGGGAACCCAAACUAAAUAUGUGAUGUGUCUCAAAGAGUAUUUUUGACUAUUUUAAUCUGUUUAUUGCCACUUUUAAUCGAAGGUAUUUAAGAAAUAAGAGCCAAAGCAUGUAUAAGUUUGUUAAUGCACAUGUGAAUCCUCAUAAAUCCAAAAUAUCUGACUUUACAUGCAUGAAUUUUGUGAAAUCUGCUAAGUCUCAGUCUGCUUUGUAUUGCAUUACAGCGUCCAAGGACUCUAGCAUGAUGGUGCUAAGAUUUAGGAGGUCGUACAGCCCAUGACAUGUGCACCACAGGAGGAAUCCCCCACCUUAAAUCUCAUCUUCAUCAUCUCAGCUGACUACUGUCAUGGCCUCGAGUUAUUCGUCCCCCUUUGAGGGGACAGGCGAAGUCAAGGAGGGCUUUCUUUGCCCGCUGUGUCUGAAAGACCUUCAGUCAUUCUACCAACUUCAAGACCACUAUGAGGAGGAGCACUCUGGGGAUGACCGUCAUGUGAGGGGACAGCUCAAAAGUGGGUCCUAGUGAUUCUUGCUCUCUAACAGGAGAUUUCAGGAGUUUAUUUACAGAUAUAUUUCUAAGCUGAACAGUGCGAGUAGAAGGCCAUAAGACUUUCCCAGGAGGUAGUUUAAAGGGAUAUUCUGUUGUAGUUUCACAGCUCAAGGAAGAACAUUUAUGAUCAUUACUUUAUCAUUUCCUUGAAGUUAUAGAUGACCCUAUAUGUACUGUUGAUGAAGUUAGGUGCUGUUGUGAACAUUAUUUGUGGCUAUAGAGUGGCGUUUUGGUUGGGCGCGUGGCUCUCUGUAUUGCUAUUGUGCGGUCGUUACUAAAGUUGGUAUAACUAGAGAAGCAGGCAGUCGGCAACAUUCAUCUCUCAACGGGAUAUCUAACUUGGUAUUAGGGUGUGUUUGCCCUCACUUAAUUUGAUUUUACGCCUUAAUAUCCCUUUAAUGAGUUCACUAGCAAUUGGGUUUAAGGGCACUGUAGGGGAGAACUUGUGCUAGAAUGAAUUGACAAGAAGAGACAGAAAAUGAUGACCUGCAGAGGAUGUAUCCUAGUUAGAAGUGGGUUAACUUUGACAUAUUAGUGGGGUUUAUUUUUGCCAGAAGAGGGCCCGUUCCAAAAACCAUGUCGGCUUCUAUUUAUGUACAACCUUUCCUGCAUUUCCCACAUAAAUCAAGUAAUUAUUUUUGGUGCACAGGUUUGGUUCAGAAGGCAAAGAAAGCCAAGGACAAGCUGUUGAAGAGGGAUGGAGAUGACAGGCCGGAUACUGGCAGUUAUGAGUCUUUCUACUAUGGUGGAGUGGACCCGUACAUGUGGGAGCCCCAAGAACUGGGUGAGUUGGUGAGAAUAUAAAUUGGGUGAAAGUAGGUUUCCUAUUUUUGUACUUGUUUUGUGUUGUCAUUUAGAUACGGAUAUUUAGUUAUGGGAUCACAUGCACUUCCACUCUCAGUCUUACAGUAUCUUUUUGCUUUUUUUAGGAGCAACCAGGAGUCAUGUGGAUCUCUUUAAAAAGCAACGGGCGGCCAGGAUAGAUCACUACGUUAUUGAAGUCAACAAACUUAUCAUCCGACUGGAAAAGGUUUGCAUAAAAAUAACUAAAUCUAAUCGUAGCUGUCAUUUCCUCACCCUUAAGAUGUGCUUAACUUUGCUCGCUUGAAUUUCAGCUCACAUCGUUUGACCGGGUCAGCUCAGAUGCAGCUAAAAUCAGAGGUUUGUAUGUAAAUUAUCUAGUUUAAGCCUAAUUUCACAUCAUGUUAUAAAUGUGUGUGACUGAUAUUAUGGAUUGAUUAUGCUAUUUGAUCCUAUCUCAGCCAUUGAGAAGUCAGUGGUGUCGUGGGUGAAUGACUCAGACGUCCCAUUUUGUCCUGACUGUGGAAACAAGUUCAAUAUCCGCAACAGACGACACCACUGUCGACUCUGUGGGUCCAUCAUGUGUAGGAGGUGCAUGGAGUUUGUUCCCUUACCUUUAGCCCGUACGUAUGCACUAAAAAACAUUCACAUUUAGAAGGAACUGAUUAACACAAAGCUCACUUUCAGUGUCGUAAAAUGAUUCCUUUGGUCUUUACAGAAAAGUUGAUCAGUGGAACAAGAGAAGCGCUGAGCGUUCCUGGGAGCCCUGGUCAGUCCCAGUCUCCUCCAACAGCUGGUGGUGGCGGCAGCAGCGGGAUGGGCUCCAGGAGGGGCAGCAUCAGCAGCCUGAGCAGUGUCACCUCCAUGCUGGAGGAAAAAGAUGAUGAGAAGAUUCGCUGCUGUCACCACUGCAUGGACACGCUUCUGAAGAGGCAGCAGAAGUUAGAAGAGAAAGACCGUGUGCCUGAUGUAGUGAAACUGUAUGAGGUUGGUACAUUAGACUGUCACAACUGAGUUCAUAACCCGUCUUUUUUUCUGCUCAAGUUUGCUAUAGUGAUCACUGAUGUAUCUAUCAAGAAAUUCAGUGUUUGACACUUGGGGUUUCUUGUUGUUGACCUUCUUAAAACUCAUCUUCCUGUCAGAGGCUGAGGAUGUGCAUGGAGAAGGUGGAUGAAAGGGCUCCAGAGUACAUCCGAAUGGCCGAGUCUCUGAAGUAAGCUUUAAAAAAAAACAUCUGGUUUAGUUUAAGAAUCUCUGAUAUGAGAAAUAAUUGGAUUCUGGAUCCUGACUGUCUUGGCUGCAUGCUCUUACAGCGCCGGAGAAACCACCUACAACCUCGACACUGCUGGGGGACUGAGACUAGAAGUACAGAAGUACUACGAACUCAUCGACGCCCUGAGGUAGAUCUUUGUUGUGAUCAACACAAGUCCUCUGUCCUGUUUGGAGGAUUAAAUCAAGUUCCUUGUUUUCUUUUCCAGUAAGAAGAUUUUGACAUUGAAUGUGAAAGAUGAUCCGCCGCCUCAUCCGAAAGCCCUCCAGCUGCAGAAAAUGAUUCGCUAUUCAGCCACACUAUUCGUCCAGGUAAAGAAAAACCCCUCUAGCCCAAUCAAAGAAAUAAAUCUAGACUAGAUGAGACAUUUCUGUUAUAUGUUCCUUUGUCGAUCAUAUCCUCUCCUGAUUUCCUGUUUUAGGAGAAGCUGCUGGGUCUGAUGUCUCUACCCUCAAAAGAGAAAUACGAGGAGCUGAAAGAAAAGCGGAAACAAGAACAAGAGAAGAGACUCCAACAAGAAAGACUAGUGAGAUUUUUCAUCCCUGUUUUAAGCCGAGUUUUGAUAGCAGGUGAAGCAGGUUCCUAAUUGUUAACACUUGUGAUAUUUAACUGCAAAACAGGCAGCCCAGGAGGCCCUGAAGAGAAGGCAGGAGUCUGAGCGCCACCGUCCAUCUCCAAAUACAAACGGAGAACUCCCGCAAGCCCCUAGAGCGCCACGCAUGACAAAAGCUGGUGGUUGGCUGCCCUCUGCAGACUCGGCACAUACACGCGCUGAGCUGGAGGAUCCCCUCUUGCAGCAGAUCGAGAACAUCCAGUCAUUCCUUCGUCAGGCAAGGGAGGCCAAGAGGACGGACGAGGUGGCCAUGUUGGAGGAGAACCUGCGCCAGCUGCAGGACGAGUACGACCAGCAGCAGACCAGCCUGGCCAUCACGCUCUCCCAGAAGCUGGCUGAAGAGGAGAGCUUGCAGCAGGGGGAGUUCCAACGUCUGGAAGCCAGAGAAAUGGAGGAGAGGGAACAGUGGGGCCCCUCUGUGGGCUCCACCAAGCUCUCUAUCUGGGAGAGGUCUUUGGAUUUAAGUCCAGAAAGUAGCUUUCAAGGAGAGGAAGACACUGAAGCAGGGGAGCUGACUCCUAAGGCUGAGAGGAGUCCAUCCUCUCUCAGAGCAUUCCCUACACUCACUAGUCAGGAGGAGUCACCUCCUAGGUUGAGAAGCUUAGGAGGGCAUGUAACCCCUCCAGGGGGUGAGGGACAGAACAGCACUCCCCUUAACCCUUUUGAUGAUGAAGACUCUACUCCCAUUGAGGAGGAUCCAUCCAACCCUUUCUUUGAGGACAUCAAAAAAGAGCAUGAAGAGGAUACAAAUGGAAAGAAAGAGUACAACCCAUUUGAUGAAGAUGAAGACGCAGAAGGGGAGAAACAGGGUGAUGCCACACCAAGCAACCCCUUUGAAGAGGAGGACAGCGACGCGGGUAACCCUUUCCUGGAUGCUUCUGGGACUUCUCCAGAAGUUUCAACCAACCCCUUUGACGGGGACGAUGAUGACGAGGUUCUCCCUGAUGUGGACAUGAUCGAAGAGGAGCUGCUGCUGCAGCAGAUUGACAACAUUAGAGCCUACAUUUUUGAUGCAAAGCUCAGCGGGCGUUUGGACGAGGUGGAGCUCCUGUCAGAGAACCUCAGAGAGCUGCAGCACACCUUACAAGAACAGAAGAAAAAAAAGCACUGACACCUUUACUACAGAGUCCCCCCACUCAAAACCUGCUACUUACCAAGCCCAGUGAGGCUAGCUCGAUUUUCAUGACCAAUGAGCCCACUGGUUCCAGUUUGGGUGAGGUCUGCUGCACCACGAAGAGAUUAGUUUAGCCCCCAAAUAAAUAUAUUUUAGAGCUUAGUUGUCUUGACUGACUUUUGGUUAAUUUUCAGGGGGGAAAACAUCCUGUAUAACCACUUAUUCUGGACAGGAUUGCUGAGGGCUGGUACCUAUCCCAGCAUGCACAAUUUUGAAGCACUGCAGUUGGCACUAGGCAGGCAUGUCGCCAUUACACUUUUUAAUCUUCCGUUACCCGAAACAAUGAGAUAGAGAGAACAACGCCACGUAGAAGUUUUUUUUAUGGGACAUCACAAGUGUCUUUGAGUCGAGUCGAGUUUGACUCUGGCCUGUGAGAGUCACGGUGUGUGAUUUGGAGCUCUGACAGGAGCUAUGAUCAAAGUUAAAAUGUAACUUUAGCCAAGGUAAAAUCAACAGGAGCCAUAAAAUGAUUGCUGCAAAUUUCUAAAUCCAUGUAUUGAGGAUGAAUUGUUUCUAGUUUUUUUCCCCCCUAAAUUUACGUCAAAGGUUCACGAUCCAUAAUGCACUUCCUUAGAGUAAAAGUAGGACUCACAAAGGAUCAAAUCAGUGCAGAAAAAUCACAGAGAUGGUCCUCUAUAUUUCAGAAAUUGUUCUUCCGUGUCCAAACUUGUCUUCAUACUUCCAAUGUUAACAGUUACAACAGAGGCUGGUAGUGUUAUCCUGCUAGCAUCUCAUGUAGCAUACUAAAAAAGAUUUUUCAUUAUUUUAAAUGAAAAGUGAUUUCAGAGACAUCACUUAAAGCAGUUCAUCAGAAUGAGCACAACUCCAUAGACCGCAGGGCCAUAACAGUUCAACAUCUCUGUUCACACGUGUUAUCAUACAACUUGUACCUUGCACCUUGUACGGCUGCUUUGUUGUGUGAAAUCAAAGCGGUUUACUCUAACUUUACUGAUUUUUUCAGGUUUAUUUGUGAGAACAGAAGACAUUGCCUUUUAUUUAACCAAACUACACAUUACUGCUUCAUGUAUGGACCAUUAACAGUUCUCAGACACAGUUAAGAGAAACUUUUUAAAGGAAACUAAUCAACGCAAAAAUGAUCAAUUGAAGUUUAAACACAGAAAUGAAAUUAACUCAGUCGGGUGACUUGCAUCACUUGUUUUUAAAUGUGAGUUACAGAUAUAGAAGGGAAAUUAAAGACACAUUAUACUGAUUUUUUGCCAUUCUUGUUGCUCCUGUUUUGUUACCUUCACUCAUGAUGGCAUAAAUUCACUACCACAAAGUCUAUCUAACAAAAUGCUCAUGAUAGCAGGGGGAUAAGUAUCUGAUCUUAUUUAGAUUUACUCUGCUUUGGUAAAAAUGUCUCAUUCAGUAAAACCAUCCAUCUGCACAAUUAGGAUUGAAGUCUUUAAAGCCAUUUCAGUUGAUGGAUUUUUUAUGUUUUGCACCUCAUCUUUGUCGUGGUUUCACUUCAGAGUUUAUUCCAGAUAUGUGACAGAAAACCAACCAACCAAAAUGUUCUCCAUGCCUGGCUGUGAAGUCCCCUAAAGGUUGUGAUCUUAUUGUUUACAGCGUCACUACUGACUCACUAGAGCACUUGUGUUGCAUGGUUCUUGUGUCUGUAUUUCGGUGCUGUUGGAUACUGGUAUUUCUGUUGAGCUAGUGGCCCAGUGACUCCUCCUGAUCUCUCUUUUUGAAUACGUUUGGAUGAAAUCAGACUGUGAUUGUUCCAUGCUGUAAGACAAGAUCUGUGUGUAGAGCAUGUUGCCUGUUCAGUAAUAUUAUGUAAGAAAUCAUACACCCUUUAGACACACAAUACUACAGGCGGUGGCAACUUCAAGUCAACUAACAAAACACCAGAACGUAAUCCUGUGUGUACAGAAGUUUUUUCCACAUUUGUAAAGAUCAACUUACUUCUAAGGUCAAAACAACACUUAAGUCUUUUUUCUUGGUCAGAUUGAUUAACACUACAUGAAUGCCAGCAAGUAUUAUCACUAACAGUGCUGCUAAAUCCAGUUAAAACGCUUUACUAUCAUUUAAAAAGUUCAUAUUUCUCCUCAGUGAUAUUAACAGUGUUUUGUGAAGUCUGAUGAUCUCACAGUGCUGAUUUUUGAUCUCCACAGAACAUGUGACACUUAAAUGUUUUGACUUGUUUCAAUUACUCAAGGAGCUUCUUAAUAUGUGUUAGCAGUUGAUUUUAGCCAAUAACCCUGAUGCAGGCAAAAUAGUGAUUGCAAAACUCAAACAUUUGACACACAGUUUUAUUAAUGUCAUCUCUACGUCAAUAAAAAAUAUCUCUGUAAAA